CUACUCCUGCCUGUAGUAUUCGUUAGUAGGAAACGUCUGCAAAGCACCUCAAAAUGGCUCUCAAUCUGACUGUCAAGCUACAUCCUGUUGUACUAUUUCAGAUUAUUGACUCGUAUGAGCGUCGAAACCCUGAUGCGCAAAGAGUAAUUGGGACGCUACUGGGCACUUCGGAUAAAAAUGGUGUGGAAGUAACCAACUGUUUCUGUGUGCCUCAUAAUGAAUCAGAAGAAGAGGUUGCUGUGGAAUUGGACUUUGCCAAGGAUAUGUAUGAUUUACACCGCAAAGUCAAUCCACAAGAAAGCAUUGUAGGUUGGUGGGCAACUGGAACUGGAGUCACAUCGCAUUCUGCUUUAAUCCAUGAAUAUUACUCAAGGGAGUCAUCUAAUCCUGUACACAUUACAGUUGACACAACUUUGCAAGAUACAAGAAUGGGUAUUAAGGCCUAUGUCAGUGUUCCAAUGGGCAUUACAGGCAAAACUAUGGGUUGCAUGUUUGCCCCUGUUUCUGUCGAGAUAGCUUGUUAUGACCCAGAAACUGUUGGCUUAAAUGCAUGUCAGAAAACCAAAACUUCUGUGAAGCGUCAAGCAGGCAUCGCUUCCGAUCUUACCCAGAUUGUGGAAGCAUCACAGCAGAUGGAGAACAUGCUGGACACUAUUCUGACGUACGUUGACGAUGUCAUGAGUGGUUCAAAAACAGCAGACAAUACGUUUGGGCGUUCUUUGUUGGAUAUGGUCCACUCUGUACCUAAAAUGACACCCGACGAAUUUGAGGAGAUGUUGAAUUCAAAUCGAAAGGAUUUACUGAUGGUUUUAUACCUAUCUCAGCUAACCAAAACUCAACUUUCGCUGAAUGAAAAACUCACAUUGUUGACAAUUUAAUUCACUAAGUUGAUACACAAAGAUAAAAAUA